AUGAACAACCUGAGCGACCUGGAAGGUCAGGAUGAUGUCGGCGAUACCUUUGACUGGCUGACGCGUGAUGCCCUGGACCAAGCGGAGGCCAAGGGCAUCACAUUGUCGGAUAUCAGCAUGAAUGACGUUUCUCAUAAGGGUGCCCAAAUUGAUAUUGUCCCAGACAAUGUUGACAACGAUAUUGGAAAGGAGCCUAAUCAUGAGGAACAUUCUCAAGCCGAAGAGAGUGUUCAAACAGAGCAUGUUCGCGCCGAUGCUCACAGUCCCAAAGAAGACGCGUCCUCAGAUGAUGAUGACCAGGACUUGAACAGCGGAGAAUCCACUGAGGUGGCGGCUGGGAUUGCUGAAAAUCCGCACAUUGCCGCUGACUUUGAUGACACAAUGCAUGGCGCUUUCCCUCACAUUCCCCAGCAAGAAGACUCUGGCCAUGCACCCGAUGCAACGGCCGAAAGUAGGACGGUUCCCGGGGAUGCGAGUGUCGAUGAAAGCUCGAUGUCAUGGAAUCUUGACCCCGACGAAAACGACGAAUUGGCAUCUCCCGGUGAUCGAGAAGGCUCGCAGGAGAAUUCUGACAGCAACACCGAGUUUCCUGCCCACCCAAUCCAAUUUGAGAUCCAGCUACCAACUCUGCCCGAUUUCUUGCUAGACGAGUACUCUACCGUCUUUUCGGAAGUAGUGGACCGUAUUCGUAGCCAAGUCGAGGAUGCCGAUGCUUAUCAUGCCGAGUUCACCGAUGGACGCCUUGAGACCAUAACACACGACCAACUCCUCGAGCUGAGCAACGGGCAAGCUGCUCUGGACGAGUUUUUUGACACAGCCAACAUGGCCGGCAACCCCAGAAAGCGCAAGCAUGGUGAUGGCAACUGUAACUCUGACUUUGACGAGUCAGAGCCAGAGGAGCUGUGGUCUGAUGCUAUGGAUGUGGACGGGGACGAGAGCGACCAGUCCGUGAAGCAAUUCGCGCGACGUUCUUCGCGGCGAGUACCGCAAAAGUCAAGAAUUAUCGUUACGCGAGGUCAAGAGCGUGACAGCGAGGUGGACAGACCAUCUCGCUCUGCCAGGUCAUUACGUCCCCGCGGCAACAACCCCUCUUACUAUGGCCCUGAACCAGGUCGUGAAGAUCCGCCAACUCGGGAUGGUGUUAGCGAUGAUGACUUCAGGCCUGUGAUAUCUGAUCUGGCACCAGCCGGAAGAGGUAGACACCUCAGCCGCAGACGAGCCAAGAAACAUAUGCCCAUCCGAUUGAGGCCGUCUGGUGGAGGUUCUGACAUUGAAUUUGAGCCGCUCCGACGGUCAUCUCGGGCAACGAAGAAUAUGCAAGGCAUGAACGAUGAAUUCGACUCGGAUGAAGAUUUUGAAUCAAUGGUUGUGGUCAAGGAACGUGGCGCAGCCAAAGUUGUGACCGUGAAAGAAAUAUUUCAGCCCAUCGACUCCGAGUCUCCGUUUGCUGUCGCACACAUGCAGAAGUGCCAUGUGUGUUCUGGUUCUAAGCAGAGGGGCCAACUACUUUACUGCCAGGGAUGCAGUCUUACUUUCCACAGGGGCUGUAUUGGCCUUCGCAGCUCUCGAGAGCACAUAGCUGUCAAGGUCGAUGAAGAUUCGUUUGUUUUACAAUGCAAAUUCUGCAUCGGAGUCUACACUUCCAGGGAGUCCAUUGCUCCGAAAUACGAUAUGUGCCAGCAAUGCAAAUCUCCAGGGCUGUCGUGUUCGGCAUUCGCUCCAAAACGCACAGGGCGUCAGGAGGAGAAGUUGCGCGAGGAGAACAACGGAGUUGACCCAGUGACGCCCAUGGCGCUUGAGUUGAUCAACAACAGCGAAAAUGUUCUUUUCCGCUGCCAGACAUGUCAUAGGGGCUGGCAUCAGAAUCAUUUGCCGGAACUGGGGAUUCAGUCGGAUGUUGGCAGCCACCCGGAGAACUGGCGCUGUUCAGAGUGCACCGGCACCACACACAAGAUUCAUCGCCUCGUCGCUUGGCGACCAACUACGCCCUUCUCACCUGUCAAGGGACAGCGCCCUCCCUACUGGCAGGAUGUGUCGGAAGACGACAAGGAAUACCUCGUCAAAUGGGAGACUAAAUCAUAUGCCCACUGCACGUGGCUUCCCGGUGCUUGGGUCUUCGGCAUUGCUGCGGCGCUCUCACGAAAAGCAUUCGGAAAACGUGAUCUGGAACAAAGUUUGCUCAAAAUGACUGAGAAGGACGCAAUUCCCGAGGAAUUUUUGGCCCCAGACAUCAUUCUUGUUGCUAAGAUGGAUUCGACCGCACCACCACAUCGCUCCAAAGAAGAGAUGAUGAGCAACAUCUCUCAUGUUCGCCGUAUUUUUGUCAAGUUCCAGGGCCUUGGCUACGAGGAUGUCGUCUGGGACACGCCACCAGCACCCCACAUGAAGACACUCCAUUCAGCGUUUGUCGAGGCGUAUGGCGAGUAUGUCAACGGAAAGUAUUUCGAACAGGAGCCACAAGCAAAAAUCCGACAACGCCUUGAAGCGUACAGGAAUGAAGAGUUCACAAAGCUGGACGCACAGCCAAACGGAAUCCGCCGCGGCAAAUUGAUGGCUUACCAAUUGGAAGGCCUGAACUGGCUGCUUGAAAACUAUCAUCAAGGUCGCAGCGUUGUCCUUGCGGAUGAAAUGGGCCUUGGCAAAACGGUCCAAGUUGUUAGUCUCGUGACGAGCCUGGUGCAGGAUAGUCCCAAGUGCUGGCCAUUCCUCAUUGUCGUCCCAAACUCCACGUGUCCCAAUUGGCGACGCGAGUUUAGACAAUGGGCGCCGGACGUUCGAGUCGUUGCCUAUCAUGGAGGCAGAGAGUCCCAGGAGCUCACCUAUCGUUAUGAACUCUUCCCCGAGCAGGGUGGCAGCAUGCGCGCUCACGUUGUCAUCAUGUCGUAUGAUUCAGCUCAAGAUCCAAAAACGUCGAGCCUUUUCAAGGCUAUCAAGUGGGCUGGUCUGGUUGUGGAUGAGGGUCAACGCCUCAAGAAUGACCAGAAUCUUCUCUACCAAGCCCUGCGUGCCAUGAAGAUACCGUUUCAGCUAUUGCUCACGGGCACGCCUCUACAGAAUAACAAACGUGAACUGUUCAACCUUGUUCAGUUCAUUGACAGAACGCAAGAUGCUGCGAAACUCGAUGCAGAGUUUGAGGUUCUAGAUAAGGAGACCUUGCCCCAAUUGCACGAUCGAAUCCGACCCUAUUUCCUUCGACGUACCAAGGCUGGCGUGCUCAAAUUCCUCCCGCCCAUGGCGCAGAUCAUCGUACCAGUUACUAUGACGGUUGUUCAAGAAAAGUUGGCAAAGAGCAUCAUGGCCAAGAACCCCGAACUCAUCAAGGCCAUAUUCGCAGAGGGCAAGCUUGGGAGGACUGAGCGAGGCAGCCUCAACAAUAUUCUAAUGCAGCUACGCAAGUGCCUUUGCCACCCCUUCAUGUACUCGGAAAACAUUGAAGAGAGACACCAUGACCAUGCCGUCAUGUUUCGCAAUCUCAUCGAGGCUUCCGCAAAACUUCUUCUUCUCGAGAUUAUGCUACCAAAGCUAAAAGAGCGCGGCCAUCGAGUUCUCAUCUUCAGCCAGUUUCUACAGCAGCUGGAUAUCAUAGAAGAUUUCAUGGUAGGCCUGGGCUACGAAUAUAGAAGACUUGAUGGUGGGAUGUCGAGUCUGGAGAAGCAGAAACGAAUUGACGCUUUCAACGAACCCGACUCGCCGCUAUUUGCGUUCCUGCUCUCCACGCGUGCGGGCGGCGUCGGUAUCAAUCUGGCGACUGCUGAUACCGUCAUCAUCAUGGAUCCUGACUUUAACCCGCAUCAAGAUUUGCAAGCUCUUUCUCGAGCCCAUCGAAUCGGACAAAAGAACAAGGUGCUUUGCUUCCAGCUUAUGACGAAAGACUCGGUUGAGGAACGAAUUGUGCAAGUUGGCAGAAGCAAAAUGGCCCUGGACCAUGCUCUUAUCGAAAGCAUGGAUGACAAUGAGUUGGAGGGUACAGACCUCGAGUCCAUUCUCAAGCAUGGAGCGUCUGCUCUGUUCAAUGAGAACUACCAAAAGACCAAAAUUGAGUACACAUCGGCGAUGGUUGAUAGUUUGCUCGAUCGAUCGCAGAUUGAGCAGGCCAACGUGGAAGAAAAGUCAUCUGGCGAGAACCCGUUUUCCCACACUCGCGUAUGGGACUCUGAUUCGGCUGCAUUUGAAAGCUUGCCAACUGCCGAGGCUGAGGCGCCUCUGCCGCUGAAUUCGGGCGUUUGGGACAAGAUUAUUGCACAGAGAGAAGAGGAGGCCCGCCGCAAGGCAGAAGCGAACCGCGAGAUUCUGGGCAGAGGCGGACGGCGCCGCACGAAAAUCGACUACACGGCCAAAGCUGGCGCUCAAACAGAAGACCUGGAAAACGGAGCAUCUAGCGAGAGCGAUGAGUUCUCAGGAGCCGACGGUUCGAGCGAAUCCGACGAUGAUAAACCCGCAAUUGCAAAAGAAGAAGACGAAACCGGCAGGCGGGAACUCCGCCAGCAAACAAACACGACCCAAACCCAGCGCCCCGCCGAAGCCGAGCGUGUUCAAGGCACAGCGAUCCCCUCCGGGUCGGAAUGGGGGAUCAAAGAAAAAUUAGCCCUUGUCCCGCCCUCCGUCCGAGCCCUGCGAGACGGCAAGAUCCCAGGAAGCACAAACGCCGCGUAUGGUCAAGCCGGCCAUCGGAACGGGGGGGCUGGCCACGCCUCCAGCGUGAUCAUGAUCCCUAAGAAUGGAGCUCGAGCUCAGGCUCAGGCUCAGGCUCAGGGUACACCAGUAUCGACGGGACUAGUUCCAAAGGAUUUCUGGCCAUACGUGGCUCGACUAGCAUCCGAGGUGGAAGUCAGGGUAGCCAUUGACGAAGUGGCCCAUAACAAGGAGCAACGAGCAGUGAAGCAAGUCCGGUUAUACAUGUUGCAUGAAAGGCUACGCGAGGUGUCUGCUGCGCACAGGAACAGCAAUGGUGCUUAA